AUGGAAGGAGAAGCUGCUUCCACCUGCUGCUGCUUUACUUUGCUCUCAAUGCUCUACCUAUUCCUUCCUCCUGGCUCCUGCUGCUUCCAGAUUGCUAGGAAUAGGAACCUGGAUCCGUACUGUGCGUCCAGCUGUGCGUCCCUCGGUCUCCGCAGGGCCAUCAGUGAAGCUUUACGACGUGCUGCACCUCUUCCCACUUCAUCAUCCACCUCCUGCAGCCAACCCGGUGACACGGCAUCACACGGCAUCAACCUAGAUCAAAGCCAACAAUCUGCCCGACGAACCGGGGCUACAGAGACACUAUCCGUAAAGCAGUCUAGCAAUGCUGCAAUAGCAACGGUCAUUGGGGCCUUGCUUGCGUGCCUUGGUCCUUCAAGUUUGAACUUGGAGACGUGGCAUUCCAUUCCAUUGGCCCCCCUGCCUCAUGACGAACGAUCGAACGAAACUUGGCCCCUCAGGCGGCAGACCCUUAGCCGGCCUCACUGGGCGACUCGGAUAGGCCUGGGGAGUUGGGACCUUGGCUGA